AUGGGUAUAUGUACCAGGAGGUUUUUUUUUCUAUCAGUAUGUUUAUUGCAAAUGGUGUCAACAGUAGAAAGGCAGGUGUUCGAUUUCCUGGGAUUUCUAUGGAUUCCCAUAUUAGUCAACUUCUUUGAAAUUAUAUUCAUCAUUUUUGGAUUUUUUGGAGCUUACCAGUAUCGAAUGAAAUAUAUGAUAGCGUACCUGAUAUGGCAUAUAUUUUGGAUAGGCUGGAAUGUAUUUCUCAUUUGUUUAUAUUUAAAUGUGGCUGGUCUAGACCAUGAGAAGAACAAAGUUCUCAAGUUGGACCUAAACAGUGAUAGCUGGUGGAAAAAAGAAGGACCUGGAUGUAAAAUAAAAAAUGUAGAUGCAGUACCUGUUGAAUAUGAAGGAUGCUUGAUAAACUACAUUGAUGUUGAAAUUGUGCAAGCUGGAAUGCAGUGUUUCUUUGCUCUGUUCAAUUGCUUCAUAGGAAUGUGUCUCAGUAGAUCUUUCAUAGAUGAAGAUGAUACUUUUGAUUACGAGAAGCCUUGUGCACCUGGUAGUAUCCCAUUGCAUCCCACCUAUGUGACCAGUGAUAAUUUGCAAAGCUCUAACAAUUUCUUGCACAAAUCUAACGUAUAUCUCUUUGAUUCGCUGGGAAAAUAUCCUAAGAAACGAAAUAUUCCUGUCGAUAAAAUUCGAAAUCCCAAGCGUAGGAGUAACUCUUUCAGUACUACUUACAUAACAGCAUCACGUAAAUCAAUCCGUAAGAACUCAAAACAGAGAACCUCGCUAUACUCAAUUGAGUUCAGUUCCCACCUGGAACGGCACAAUGACAGUGACACAGAAUUCGAGCAAGCUCCCCCUCCCAUGUCACCGAAACCAAUGACGCCGAGAAGGGUGAAAAGGCGAAGCGUCAUGACCAGAGGUUCAUCUGGACGGCAAAGCACCAGCAGUCGGAGACAUUCCCAAGGAAGAUCUUCCACUAGAAGUUCCAGGAGGAACCCAGUGACUCAGCUGAUGGAACAACAACGAAAAGCCCAGCCUUACGACAGCCCUGCUAGUCCUUCCCCUAUCGACUCGUCUUCCCCGAAUUAUUUUACCACUUCUAAUAACAACCUUGUUACACACCAGAAUUGGCACGUUCCUAACGGACAUACCAAUCCCACGUACCAGCAGUCCUCACAACAAUCCCUUAAUGAAACUGAGGAGCUAGACGAAUUGUAUAACAAUCGACCUGCCUCGGUGCGAUCUAGUUAUUCGAAUUUCCACGGUACUAGGACUCUAAACAACUAUUCACCGACUAAAAACUACCACAGUCACAGUCAUGCUACUCCCCAAGUGCCCCAAAAGAGAAAUCAUCCAAAUAGACACAGUAUGAGGUCUAUGGCCUUUUUGAAUAACGGACCCCCUGCGUACUCAUCUCAAGGUCAUAUUGCUCUUGAUUCUGAAACACCCAUGUAG